AUGUCUUUUGAUAAUAUUGAAACAAAUGAAUUCUCUGAAUUCGACUUUCACUUUUGUGACUUCAAUAUUCCAGAUGAUAAUUAUUUACAAGAUCCUUAUGAUUUUAAUGAUCCUAUAAACUUUCAAGAACUUUGCAACUUCUAUAUUGAUUCUCAUGAUCAGCAUUUUCAAGACUCCUACUUUCAUUAUAAUAUUGUACAAAAUUCUUUUGAUUCUUAUACUGAGCUUUUAAAUGUGCCAAUAAAUAACCAGAGGGAUGUGUAUAAUAAAAUGACAAAUUUAUAUAAGGCAGAUGAAAAGGAAUCUCAUAAGGAGGAAUCACGUGAAAAGGAGAGUUUAGAUGAGGCGGCUGAAUCUCAAAAUAAAGAGAUAUUUGACAACAA